CAUAAAAGAUCAAUCAACUAUCAUGGCAAAUGACUCGUCGUCCUGUAAGACAAACAAACCGCCAUCAUGUGGAUCACUCGUAACCAUCCUCAGCCUAGACGGUGGUGGAAUCCGAGGAACCAUCUCCGGUGUCAUCCUUGCUUGCCUGGAAAAACAACUUCAGGAGCUGGAUGGAGAAGACGUGAGACUAGCUGAUUAUUUCGACGUGGUAGCAGGGACUAGUACUGGUGGUCUCAUUACUGCCAUGUUGACUGUACCGGACGCGACCGGACGGCCUCAUUUUGCGGCCAAGGACAUUGUUCCUUUCUACCUUGAACAUGCUCCCAAAAUAUUUCCACAGCCCGAAGGCUUGUUUGCUCUGUUACCUAAGCUUCCAAAGCUUCUUUCUGGUCCAAAGUACGACGGGAAGUAUCUACAAACUCUACUAAGUAGUCUCCUUGGAGAGACAAAACUUCACCAGACAAUCACAAACGUCGUCAUACCUACCUUCGACAUGAAGAAACUCCAACCCACCAUCUUCUCCUCUUACCAGGCGUCGGUUGACCCUAGCUUGGACGUCAAGUUAUCAGACAUAUGUAUUGGCACAUCAGCUGCUCCCACUUUCUUUCCUCCUCAUUACUUUUCUAAUAAAGAUAGUCAAGGAAAGACGAGUGAGUUUCACCUCGUUGAUGGUGGCGUCACUGCUAGUAACCCGACUUUGGUGGCCAUGACAGCUGUGACUAAGCAGAUUGUGAAGAGCAAUCCUGAUAUGGGUAAGCUCAAGCCAUUAGGUUACGAUAAGUUCCUAGUUAUAUCGGUUGGGACAGGGUCUACCAGAAAAGAGGAGAAGUAUAGCGCCAAAAAAGCUGCGAAAUGGGGAAUCAUAUCUUGGUUAUAUGACGAUGGAUCUACUCCUAUUAUCGACAUUACCAUGGAAUCAAGCCGUGACAUGAUCCAUUUCCAUAGUUCUGUUUUGUUCAAAGCCCUACAAUCCGAGGAUAAGUACCUCAGAAUCGAUGAUGAUACACUGGACGGAGAUACAGGUUCUACGGAUCUAGCGACAAAAUCUAACUUAGAGAAUCUUGUGAAGAUUGGAGAGAAGGUGCUGAAAAACAGGGUCGUGCAUAUGAAUAUUGAUACUGGUGCAUAUGAACCUAUUCCAGAAAAUGUUAGCAAUGAGGAAGAACUCAAAAGAUUUGCGAAAAUUUUAUCUGAAGAAAGGAAAUUAAGGAGAAUGAGUAGCGACACAAUGACUAAAGAUCCAUCAAACUGAUCGUUGAAACAUCAAUAUGAGAAGACAGAUUAUGAAUGUAAUAUUUGUGUGAGUGUGUUUACCUGGUUGUCUCUCUUGACGCCUUGAUGCUUUUUUUUGUACUAUUUUCAACAAAUUGAAUAUUUGAUAUUCUCAAAAUAAUUACUGAUAUUUCAAUGAUCAUGUACCACAC